AUGAACGAGGCAAAAGCUGAAACAAAAAAAGGCAAGGAUGAAGCUAAAACGGCUGUUAAAGAGAAAAUGGAUGAAGUCGCAAGAAUCCUUAAGCUGCCGUCUGAUUGGUCCAAACAAGAGAAUGAAAAGAAACCGGAAGAACUGUUUGAACACUUGGACAGUAUAAUUGAAAAGUUUGACAUCGUUGAAGUGGGUGAAUCUUACAAAAGCGACUUUGAAGUGGUGGAGAAAGCCAGCGGCGGCCGUGCUCUCUGUGCCAUCUAUUACUCUAAGAUUGAACCGACACGUACAGCUGAAAGACCGCUCAUAACCAUGCCUGAAAAAGUGAAACUUUGCAGCCCUAACAAUUCUCAGCAGAUUAGAUACUUAAAAUUCUCCGAAAGAAGGGCUGCUGCGAAAUACGUUCAAACUGUCAAAUCUUCAAGCACGAACAUUGGUUAUAGUGUUGGUGGAUUUGCUUCACUUUUUGUUGGCAACGUAAGCGGAGGCUACGGUUCCAGUCAAGAGGAAGGAAAUGUCAGUUCAAAAAAAGCAAACAUAAACAGUGCCUCUGUGUUGCAGUACAUUUGGAUUGCGAAAAAAACGUUCAAGUUAGGUCGAGAGCAGAUGAGGCUGUCUAUGAGUGCAAGAAAAAUGGCAAUGUCUAUCAUCAGUGCAGGCAAAGAUCUCGAAAAGCGCCAAGAAGCUGCUCGUAGCUUCAUGGGCCGCUAUGGGAGCCAUUUUCCGGCCGGCUUGCAUACGCUUGGUGGGGUACUUUUCAAUACUGUCGAUGCAGAGAGCUCAGACGAAAAGGACACAUAUGAAUUGACAUCGAAAGCCACCGACUAUCUUCAUAAUCAGGUUUCCGUAGGUUUCCUUGGGGGAUCAUUUGGAAUAGGUGCUAGCGUUAGUACAGACCACUCAAACAGCAAAGGAAAAAUAGAAGCCACUCAUCAGGAGGCAGAUAAAACAUCUUAUACUUUCGAUGUUCAAUCGAUGGGACCGGCUGCCACAAAUCCAGCUACGUUCAGCAAGUUGCUGGCCAACAAUUCAACCUGGGCCUUGAUUGAUCGUGGAAGCCAUCACGCUUACAUCCCAGUUUGGGAGCUGAUAAGAGAUCUUGGCAGCGGCUAUGAAGAUGUAGCUAAGAUCCUGGAAGAUACUUGGUGCCAAGACGAAAAACGAAAGAAGCGAGAGGGCCAAACACUUGAAUACAAAUUACAGGGAAUCAUAGAAGACGAUCUAGCACGAAAAAAAGCUGAGUGCAUUAAAAAGGUUGGUUUCCCGCCUCCGCUACUAAUAUUGAGUGACUAGCUUUUCACCCAAGACUUUUACUUCUUUCUGUACUUGGGUGCUUGAGCCCCAUGUUCUUUAAUAAGUUUUCAUCUUGAACAACAGCUUGUCAGCAGAUCCAACAUCCUUGGUCAUUUCAUAUAGUCCAACCCCUACAGUUUUACUAGCAAGUUUAAACCCCAACACAAACAUUUUGUGAAAAAAGAAAAUAAAUGUUUAGCAACUAUUGAAUCAGGCUGAGUAGGAUAUGAAAAAUUCUGCAGAUCGAGGAGGGUGUUAUCCGCCGAGGCCUUCCUCGGUGGAUAACACCCUCCGAGAUAUGAAGAAUUCUUCAUAUCCUACGAAAGCCGAAUUCAAUAAAUUCUUUAUUAUUCAUUCAAACUAAUUCCAAGUUUAAAAACAAGCUAAAACUUGCUUAUCUUGGUCGAUGUUAAGUUCAUAUCGAUAGUGCAUCUCUACCUGGACAUUUAGGAGAUAAAAGUCUAUUCAGGGCUACAAAUAUACUCCAAAUAGCAGAUGUCAUCUGUCGAGUUGUCUUCUUGCUGUUCUUGCUAUGAGUUUAGACAAUAUUUCGCCGUAAAACGAGUAAACUGUUUCGCCGACUGUUCAUCCCCAGGUUUUCUCGGAUAACGGUUCAAUAAUCCGCAACUAAGGCUGCAUUUUUGAUGUCAUCGGUUCAAUAUGACAAAAUACUUCCUAAUUUGGUCAACAGUAGCCGGUUGUGAUGAAUUAGGCGUAUGCUUUUAGCCAAUCAGAAACGGAGAAAUAUUUUGAAUGAAUAAGAAAUAAAAAUAAUAACUAGGGUCGCCAAGAAAUAAGUUGAAGGAAUUCUGAUGUAAAACAAAGCUAACUGAACUCAUCAGGUCAAAACGUGACAUGAGACUGCUUUGUUGUAGACACCCGAGGCAGACGACUACGGUCACGUCCCAAAACAUGCCGCAGAAAUUACGUCCAAUUUCAAUUUGAAAACGGAAGACUUGACAAGGGAAAAAGCUUACCAAACAGCCUUUGACGUGGUCAAGAGAGACCCAAGGUACUUCAUCUGCGAGAUUGCUUUUUGCGAUGGAGGGACGUACACAGUGCGCUGCUGGAAAGCCAAAGACGACGUUCCAAUGAAGUUUGAGAGUGUCAAUGGUGAGCAUGUGCUGUUCUACAGUGACAUCGUAUUCAGGUGGAACGAUAAAGUUCCCAUUAAAGCUGAAUAG